AAACAGUGGUCGAUGACGUAGAAUCAUCGCGCUGUCGGUGAUUCCGGAAGAAACAAGACCGCGGCGGCAGCAUGGGGAAGCAGAAGAAAGCGAGGAAGUAUGCGACCAUGAAGCGAAUGCUGAGUCUCAGAGACGAGCGGCUUAAAGAAAAGGAUAGAUUAAAACCUAAGAAGAAGGAGAAGAAAGAUCCCAGUGCACUGAAGGAAAGAGAAGUCCCACAGCACCCUUCCUGCUUAUUCUUCCAGUAUAACACACAACUGGGCCCACCUUACCACAUCCUCGUUGACACUAACUUUAUCAACUUUUCCAUUAAAGCCAAGCUGGACUUAGUACAAUCAAUGAUGGAUUGUCUGUAUGCCAAGUGUAUCCCUUGUAUAACUGAUUGUGUCAUGGCAGAAAUUGAAAAAUUGGGGCAGAAGUAUCGAGUGGCACUAAGGAUUGCCAAGGAUCCGCGAUUUGAACGAUUACCAUGUUCACACAAAGGAACCUAUGCGGACGACUGCCUCGUCCAGAGAGUGACUCAGCACAAGUGUUACAUUGUGGCCACAGUUGACAGGGACCUUAAACGAAGAAUCCGAAAGAUCCCUGGAGUUCCUAUCAUGUACAUCUCCAACCACAGAUACAACAUCGAGCGGAUGCCAGAUGAUUAUGGAGCCCCCCGGUUCUAAUCCUGCCAAGGUGAAGUUUCCUGACCUGCACACGACCAACUUUAUCUGUUGCUAGUUCAUUGGACAUGCUGUAGAAGGAAUUAUUAUUUUUUUCACAAAUUUGCUGUGUUAUGAACUCAAUAUGAUUAAAUAUACUCACUUUUUAAUGCUGA